AUGGCACCAUCAACCAUCGAAACCGAAUCCCAGAUCACCAAUUCAAAAAGAACAGAUGAUCCCCCAACUAUAUACAAAGAUCAAAACAACGAAGGGCUUCAAAAGAAAAGCGAAAAAUACCUUCUAAACUACGGCACAAAAUUCAAUAAAGAUGUCAUCUGCGGAAGCAAAGGCCUCUACGUCUACACCGCAACAGGCCACAAAAUCCUCGACUGGACAUCAGGCCAAAUGUCCUGCCUGCUAGGACAUGGUCAUCCCGAAAUCGUAAAAGUGAUCUCCACACACGCAGAACACCUCGACCACCUCUUCUCAGGCAUGAUAUCACCCCCAGUCAUCAGACUAGCAGAACGACUUUGCAACCUCCUCCCGCCUGGUCUAGAUAAGGCCUUCUUCCUAUCAACAGGUGGCGAAAGCAACGAGGCAGCUAUCAAAAUGGCAAAGGUUUACACUGGAAAGUUCGAAAUUGUGGGAUUAGGCGCUAGCUGGCAUGGUGUUACGGGCCAAGCACUAGGUGCACAGUAUCAUUUUGGGAGAAAGGGACAAGGUCCACUUAUGCCGGGCUCUCUUAUGCUUCCUGCUCCAAAUGGGUAUCGAUCUAUCUUUCGGAAGAAGGACGGAUCGUAUGAUUGGGAGGGUGAGAUGGAGUAUGGUUGGUCUAUGAUCGAUAUGCAAUCUUGUGGAUCGUUGGCUGCUUGUAUAGUUGAGUGUAUACAGUCUUCGGCUGGGAUGCAUGUUCUUCCAUCGGGAUACCUGAGCGCACUUAAGAAGCAAUGUGAGAAGAGGGGGAUGCUUCUUAUUGUUGAUGAGGCACAGACUGGAGUGGGACGAUGUGGAGAUAUAAUGGCUAUUGCUCAUGAGAGGGUGACUCCUGAUAUUCUCACUUUGAGUAAAACGCUUGGGAAUGGUCUACCGUUAAGUGCUGUUGUUACUAGUGCUGGGAUCGAGAAGGUUUGUGUGGAGAGAGAUUAUUGUUUCUACACGACGCAUGUUAAUGAUCCGCUCCCUGCUGCUGUUGGGGAUAAGGUUCUUGAGAUUGUGGAGAGGGAUGGAUUGGUGGGGAAUUCUCGGGCCAUGGGGAAUUUACUGCAUGCGGGAUUGGGGAAGUUGAAGGAGAAGUUUGCUUGUAUUGGGGAUGUGAGGGGACGGGGACUUAUGGCUGGUGUUGAGAUUGUGGGCUGCCGUGAGACAAAGGUUUCUGAUUUGAAUCUUGCGAAGAAGAUUGCUGAUCGGGCGUAUGAGUUGGGGCUUUGGGCUAAUUUGAGUAGUCAUUCGAGCUUUGGCGGUGUUUUCCGGAUUGCGCCACCGAUUACUAUUACUGAAGAAGAACUCCUUCGUGGGCUAAGGGUUCUGGAAAGCGCUUUUGAGAGCACCCUUGGGAGUGGUGGACACUGA